GUUACACUUGAGCUGUAUAAGCCUAGAUAAGAUGUUUUACAUACAUUUUAUCAUACAAGUUCAUAACAGUUGGGACGAGGAUGAAAGUCUGUGAUGAACGAAUUGGAAAUUUGCAGAUACUUAGGACCGUGUAGCAGCUUUGCAGAAUGGAAUUGUCGGAUACAAAUAUCGCAGACUAUACAAACAGCUUUCAUCCUGCAGGCAUUGGAAUAAGGUGUUAUGGUACAGGGUGCGUAUCUAUUACUUUUUUGUAUUUGAAAAAUCAACACGCUUUUUACGAGGUGAAAUCGAUUUUUUUGAUUGAUGCCAUUUAUGUAUGCAAAAUAACAUCAGUCAUGUGACCACCGCGGC